AUGUCGUUCGAGUUGAAUUUGAAACUCCCGGGAGCGGAAGCCUUGGCCGUCGCCGAGAAGGAGCUCAGAGAAACCGAGGAGAACGUGAAAGAUGGUCUUGCCAAGUUGAGGGCCUACCUCGAGAAGGACAAGACCCUGUACUUUAAAACGGACGACGAGCUCCUUCUAAUUUUCCUGCGACCGUGCAAGUUCUACGCGAAGAGCGCGUACGAGUUGAUGAGGAGGGUCGCGGAAUUCAAGGAGAAGAACUCUUCCCUUUUGAAAAAUCUGUUGCCAACUGACGAGAAAGAGUCGAUCACUAAGCACGACAUAGUGAACGUGAUCAAAGAGAGGGAUCACAAAGGGAGAAGGAUUCUCAUCACGAAUUGUGGAAAAAAGUGGAAUACAUCCGUUGUCAACAGCGACCAGUUGUUUCGAUUGUUCUAUCUGAUCCACGAGUUUGCCAUACUGGAGCCAGAAACUCAGAUAUACGGAACCGUCGUGAUAUUGGACUUCGAAGGGAUGAGCAUGAAGCAAGUGAUGGAGAUCACGCCGACUUUUUGCAUGAGGCUCGUGAAUUUUAUCCAAGAUGCCAUGCCCCUCCGUUUGAAGGAGAUACACAUAGUGAAGCAAUCGAUAUUGUUCAACAUGAUAUGGCAAAUGAUCAAGCCUUUCAUCAGGGAAAAACUGAAGAGUAGGAUAUUCUUCCACGGUAACAAGAUGUCUUCGUUUCACAAUCACAUCCCACCCGCGUAUCUGCCGGAGAAUUAUGGCGGUGAAUUGCCGAAAAUCGAUUACUCGAGCGCAGAAUGGUAUCCGGUUAUGUUGAAGCACGAGGAUAGAAUUAAACAGUGGAACACGUACGGAUUUCGACGCGACGAGCAAUGACGAUUUCGAGAAAUUUUAAAAUUUAUUGAAAAUCCUCUUUGCGACCAAUGUUGUACAAAAUAUUUUAAAUGUACGAAGAAAAACAUUUCUCUCGUUGUUAAUUAAUCACGAGAGUUACGUACGUAUGAAAAAUAAUUUUUUAAAGAAACGAUAAUCGUAAUCCUGUGCGAUUUCAAUCGAUCAAUGAUCAAUUAUUUUGCGAAAAAUGUAAGAGUUGAUGAGUUAAGUUUUAUUCCCGGCAAUAAUAAAUAAAAUUCAGUUUUCUCAAAAAUAGAUGACGAUGAUGAUGCAUUAAAAUUGAUAAAUCUGUAAAAUAUAACGAUCUUUUGUUAUAUGUACAUUUAUACAUGUAUUCAAGUGUAUCUGGACGAAAUAUAUUAUUUUAAUCGAUA